AAAGUUCAUUUCCGGUUGAGGUGGCCGCCAUCAUUCUUUUCGUUUCAGUGUAAAGCAUGCCUUUCCAAAGGUUUGUGGAGACCGGCCGCGUGGCCUUAGUGGCCGACGGCCCCAACAAGGGCAAAUUGGUCAGCAUUGUUGAUGUUAUAGACCAAACGAGGGUGUUGAUUGAUGGUCCUGCUAGUAAGGUACCCCGGAGCCAACUGCGCCUCAAUCAGUUACAUUUAACCAAGUUUAGGCUGAAAUUCCCGUUCACAGCCUCGACCCGUAUUGUGCGCAAAGCGUGGACAGACGCAAAAAUCAACGAACAAUGGGAGAACUCAGCAUGGGCCAAAAAAUUAGCAGCCAAGCAAAAGAGGGCCCAAUUGACAGAUUUCGAUCGUUUCAAACUGCGUCGUGCACGGUCCCGCAGGAAUCACAUCAGGACCAUUACUUUCAGAAAUUUGAAGAAAGCGGCGUCAAGAAACGGCACUUUGUACGGCAAGAAGAAGAUGGCGAAAGGUGGAGACAAACCUAAGCCGAAAAAGGGGGCCCAAGCUAAGGCUAAGAAGGGCAAGAGUAAAUAAGUUGUUAAUAUAAUGACCGCGAAAUAAAUUUUUUAAGGAAAA